AGCAGGCUGCUCGGCAGUCUCUCCUCCAUCUCACGAUUUUACAAUUUCAUAACUUUACAAGCUUUAUUUCACUCUUCGAGCUGAUAUUCUUAACUUUUUAGGAGCUAUCCCAUCGUUUACACACUUUGAAGAAUAAUUGGAUCGGAGCUUCGAAGAGAAUUUUCAAAUGGAAUUUAUAAUUGUUGCUUCGACUCUGGAAACUUCAUCGAUGAAUAUUCUGUGCCAGUUUUGAAUGUUUUAAGAGUGGUUGGAGUAUCGAAGAAUAAUUUGCAUUCAGUUUUUAAAGCUUCAAGUGUGAUUUGAGCAUCGCAAAGUAUUCUGCAUCGAAUUUUCAAAGUUUCAAGUGUGGUUUGAGCAUCGAAGAAUAAUCUGCAUUCAGUUUUUAAAGCUUCAAGUGUGAUUUGAGCAUCGCAAAGUAUUCUGCAUCGAAUUUUCAAAGUUUCAAGUGUGGUUUGAGCAUCAAAGAAUAAUUUGCUUGGUCUAAAAUGAAUUCUGGAAUUUUCCAAGAUUAAUAUUCUCAAGAUUGAGUGUAUUUGGUGCGAAACUCUGUGAGGAGAGACUGCGAAGAAAAUUGGAUGUCCAAAGUGUAACGGUGAAUCAAGAUUUCCAGUUACAUCGAAGCCUGAAACUGUAUGUUGGAAGAUUCGAGGUUAUAUCUUGAAUUCUGGUUUAAGAAGACAUUUCAGGUGAUCAUAUUCUUGAAAUAAUAGUUAACUUUUUCAACUAAUCGAGGACCAAAUGUGCACUUGCAAAGAAGAAUUUCAAACCGAAGCAAUUGGUGUACCUGAAGUGGAACGUCGAACAAAGUCUUUACUCUACAUACGAUUCUAAAUGCCUAAUUAGAUACUAAAUGAGCAGUUGUAGAGAAUUCCAAGUUGGAGAAGUUGGUUUCCUUCGAAGUGGAACUUUACGCAGGAAUCUCGGUCUUCAUCGGAGCCUCAGAUUCUGCGUUGGAUAAGUUUGAAGAAUCAUUUUUGAUUCUAAACACUCUGCAAAGACAUUCUUAAGUACUCUUUUAUUAUUAAGAGUUUCAUUUUGAAUUGUUACGAUGUGGAAAGUAAUAAUCUCCCAGGUGCGUAACAGCAGAGGAGAGUUUCAGCCAGAAUUGCUCGGUUCACCUGGGAUACAUCGAAGAGAAAUUUGUACUGAAAGAUCAUUUUGAUUCGAAGCAUCGAAGAGAGAAUUCCAGCCAGAAUUUUAUAAUCAAUAAACAUUAAAAAGGAAUAUGCCACAUUGUGUACUCAUCGACGAAACAGAAGAGGAAUUUCAGUGCGUGGCUCUGUGAAAUGGAAUUUUAAUUCGCAGCCUUCAGUGCAAUUAAAGGAAGCAUCGAAUUGAAUAGUGAAAGAAGUAUUUUAUACUGCAUAUAAAAAAUGAAACUGUGUACAAAAAAAAAGUUUUAUAUCACAUUUAUGUAGUGCAGAUACAUGUACAAAAAAAAGACUUUUGUACUGCAUUUCAGCACUGCAAAAUAAACAAUUUGUACUUAUUUGCGGUAUAACUGUUCAUAUACAGAAGGAAUAAUUUUGUAGUGUACUUCGGUGCAACUGUAUGCAUGUAAAAAAAUUUCAUACCGCAUUUCAUCAGUGUAAUUGAUGAAAGAAAGAGUUUCCGCAAGAUCAGUGUGUGCAAGAAGACUUAAUCAGUGCCUUAUUCCGAGAAGAGAAUUUUAGGUUAGGUACAUGAAGUGUUUUCCAGUGACUGCGUUGCUGAGAAGGAAAUUCCCAAAAAUGAUUCAUCGAGGCCAAACUUCCGUCAUCUCGAUUGGAAUUCUUUUAUCAAUAUUGUGCCAUCUUUCUUCCGCUGGGACAAUCUUGCCUGCCGCUGCUUGUCCGCCGAUUAAUGUUUAUAGGACGACGACACAAACGGAGCUUUUGCAAGAAUUGACGAGCGAUUGUCGAUACGACAAAAUGGUGAGGCCUCCUGGUGCUCUGAAUGCCAGCGAUCCGGUCCAGGUCCUUUCCGCUGCUUACAUUUACACCAUUAAAUCGAAUAUGGUGAAAACGUUGGAGUUUGAUGUGCACAUGAUGCUCCAGUUUCGUUACUUGGACCCACGUCUCAGGUUUCUGGACAUUGCUCCAGGUUACAAUCAAAUAAUCGGCGGACAAUCCGCCCACGACUUGAUAUGGACCCCCACGGUUUACGUGGCGAACGAACGAAGCUCCGUCGUCAUGGGAAAUGGCGUCAAGGAUCUUCUCAUUUCCAUCGACCCUUCGGGGAUGGUGGUUUUGAACACUAGGUUGGAGGCCAUCUUGAAUUGCGGUCUGCGCCUGGAAAAGUUCCCGUUCGACGUGCAGGAGUGUCCUCUGGUCUUCGAGAGUUGGACGAACAAUGUAAACGACAUGGAGCUCGACUGGGACGAAGACCCGAUAGUACUUGCCGAAGAACUCCACCUGACCGAAUACAAGCUCGUUGGCACAUGGGUCAAUAAAUCCGUAGUUUCCUACACCGUUGCCCAGCAGCAUUACGGACAUUUUGCGGGUAAUUUUAGUUCCAUCAGUAUCACCUUCAAGUUGGCUCGUGAGAUGGGCUUCUUCAUGAUGGACUAUUAUAUACCAUCGGUGCUCAUCGUCGUCAUCUCCUGGGUCUCCUUCUGGCUUCACAUGGACGCAAGUCCUCCGAGAAUAGUCCUAGGUACAAAUACCAUUUUGGCUUUCAUGACCCUCGCCUCGAAGGUGGAGAAUUCUUUGCCAAAAGUGUCCUACAUAAAAGCCAGCGAGAUUUGGUUUUUGGGAUGCACGAUUUUCCUUUUCGCCGCGAUGGUCGAGUUUGCGUUCGUCAACACGAUUUAUCGGCGGAAGAAAAAUGUUCCUCUGAAGAAGGUGAACAGCAAGUACAUCCUAAAGUCGACGUUGACGCCGAGAUUGGCCCGUAAACAAUUUCAGAAAAACACAACAGGACUGGAGAGAUCUCGUUCGUGGUCCUCUCUCGAUAAUGGAAAUGCGAGCGAGCAGGAAUACUCCAGUCAGAAUUACCUCACGGUGCACAGUUUCCCCAGUACUAUAACCGUUCCUGCCGUGAGGGUCGAAGAGGAGAAGGAACAAGGUUCCGUGGGAAGCAUCGUGACCCUGGACAGCGCGACCCAACAGAAAACUCUUCCCCGAAGGCCGACCUUGGCGCAAUUAAAUAGUUUCACGACGAUGACCCCCCAGGAAAUUGCGCAGUGGAUCGACAGACGAAGUAGAAUCGUUUUCCCCAUAGCGUUCCUCAUCUUCAACAUCCUCUACUGGUCCUUCAUCUGGAUUUAGAGAUUUCUUUGGAUCGAAGAUGUUACAAAAUGAAUAAAGCGCGUCGCGGGCGAUGCCUUUAAAUCAA